GUGAGCAUCACCUCGAACCUCAAGCUCCAUCUCCACGCCCUCCACCCCUCACCUGCGGACCUGGGGAAGGAGACACUCGACGCUCUCGUCGUCCCUCUAGAUGAACAGUGUGGAAAAGCACGUGUCCAGAGGGUGGGCCGCUCAUUGAGCAAGUUCAUCCACUUCAGACGCUACAACGACCCUCACUGACGUCCAGAUCAUCAACAGGCAGGAUCUGAAGUUGCCGGAAGGGGAAGGGAUCUAGCCGCUCCCAGCCGUGUGGCACCGAUUCUCCACCCCGUGCCGCACUCGAACCCGAGGCCACCCGGAAGACGUAGACGAGGUUCAACGAAGGAAGUCCCUCAGAGGCGGAGGCGAAACCUUCCCUUCCUUCGCUCAUGGCUUCCACAGGCAUGCAGGUCCUGGGCUUGGUGCUGUGCAUCGUGGGCUGGGUGGGCGGGGUGCUGGUGUGUGCCGCCCCCUUGUGGCGCGUCACCGCCUUUAUCGGCAACAACAUUGUGACGGCGCAGAUUGUGUGGGAAGGCCUCUGGAUGAGCUGCAUCGUGCAGCGCACCGGCGAGAUCCAGUGCAAGGUGUACGACAGCCUGCUGGCGCUGCCCAGCGACCUACAGCUCGCCCGCGGACUCACGCUGCUCUCGGUGCUCGUGUGCGGCCUGGCGCUGGCGCUGGCCGUGCUCGGCGUCAAGUGCACCAAGUUUCUGGGCCGGGCGCACGCCAAGUCCCGCUUCGCCCGCGGCGCCGGCACCCUCUUCGUCCUGGCGGGCGUCGUCUACCUCGUGCCCGUGUGCUGGACGGCCUACGCCAUCGUGCGCGAUUUCUACGACCCCUACGUGGCGGCGCCUCACAAGCGCGAGCUCGGUGCCGCCCUCUACCUGGGCUGGGGGGCCGGCGGGCUGCUGGUGGUGGGCGGGGGGCUGCUCAACGCGGGCUCCGGCCUCCAGGGCGAGCCCAGGUCCCCGUCGUUCAGCGGCGCGAGCGGCCAGAGCAGUCCACGAGGAGCGGCUGGAGCCACAGCCCAGGGCUACGUUUGACUCCCCUCCCCCAGCCUGUUGAUAUGUUGCAGAAGUUUACACGCCCCCUUCGGUCUCGGACCCCAGAACAGGAUGUCAGUUUGUCCCACUGUCGCCGUUCCCACUCCUAAUACACUGCUGUCACUUUUAAUGAGUUUCAGACAGAGAUGUUGGUCGCGGAUGGCGCACGGUCACCAUGGGAAACGCUGUUGCGCUUAUGUCUCGCUGACCUCACUCGUGUGAUUUCACCCGUCUCUCCGCGAAACAAAAAGCACGUUCUUCGUGCGGAAGUGUGUCUCUGUGGAGCCCUUUGUCCGGGGAGAGGAGGGAUAUUGGGGGUCUGUUCAGGCUUCGAUCCCCGAACCCAAACACACUUAAUUUCCAUUAAAGCCCAGUUACAGCUGGUCCCCGGAAUGUGGUCGAGGAGCGCCCCUCUUUAACCACUUUGUGUCUUUUUAAUUGCGUGUUUAAUGCUGUCAGGGUGUCCCGUGCAUGUGUGAACAAACCCCAUUG